AUGGACCAACUUUUCAGAAAUCGCAACAAGCCCGAUAGUCAAGUCAAGGCGGAGAUGACGACAAGCAGCCAUGCAACCACUGCAGAUGAGAGCCGAAUCUGCAGCCUCCACGAUCUUCUCAAGCUCCUUGGCCAACCUUUGACUGACUCUGAGGUCGACGAGGUCCUCGGUUCUCUUUCGGACCACUAUACCCAGCAAACAGGCUGGAAAGGCCUUCCUGAGAAAGCGGGUGGGCCGGAGACGGCUUAUUACAAGCCGCUGGCAACCAUCUUCAACACUAUCACCAAGGAGGCAGUCCGGAAAGUCAACAAGCGCGCACCCGAAUCACCGAUUAUACCGUCCACAUGGCUGGAUUGUCACUCUUCAGCUCCCAGGUCGAAUGUCGAAGGCGCGAGCAAGAUACGCCCAGAUCUUCUCACAAGCUUCAAGGAGCUGCAUGACACUGAGGAUGAUGAAGAAAACGACAACACAAACGACUCGGAUAAACCAAACCCAAAGCGACAAAAGACAGAAGGCGGAGAAACUGAGGAGGUCCAGGACCCCCAGCAGACCGACGCACAGAAUGGAUCCGAUGCUCAGGCCGCACCGCAGCCACAGGUCCAGCCCACCGAGUCGCAGGCCGCACCGCAGCCACAGGCCCAGCCCACCGAGUCGCAGGCCCCACCCAAGCCAAUCGCCUCAUGGCUCAGGACUCUCCUGGUCGCUGAAGUCAAACCAAACCGGGACGACGACUGGGACUCUGUCAUCCAACUAUCCACCUAUCUUCGACAAAUUCUUCGAGAGCAGCAUGAUCGCCGCUUCGACUCCUCGGGUGCUGACCAGACGGUCGACAUCGACAAGGAUCCCAAGACCUUUGUUCGCAUCAUGGCCAGUUUUGCAACCAUGAAUCCGGAACGUUUGGGGUUUGACCCUGCCAUGAAGAUGCUUGUUCCGAACCGCCCGCCUACCUACAGCUAUCGACUUCCUUUCCAUGAGGUGCCAAAGCACCGACAUUCACUGCGUUGGGAAAUAGUCAUCAACAAAAAUAUUUACCACACAGUCGAGCCGCUGAGUGUAGCUCGAUCAGAAAUCAUGUGUGGUCGCGCUACGCUUGUGUGGAGAGCGUUUCGACUGAGCGAUUAUACCAAUGAGCCCAAUACCAAAGACUUGAAGCUAUACAUCAUCAAGCAAUCAUGGCGACCGAACGUGGGUGGCGCUGCUGAACUUGAACUCUAUAGCCGUUUGGGGGAUUUUGGUGGCAGGAGGAAGGAUCCUGUGUGCCAUGGCGAAGAUGUUGAAGGAUCCAAUACCCAGAAGGACUUCCGCCGCGGUAUUCACACAGAACCGGCUAAAGAUAUCGUGGGGAAAGGCUCAAAGGGCGGGGCACAGCAAAGGACACUGUCAGAGCCCCGCGACGAGCACAACCUUGUCCACAAUACCUUUUCAGCGAAAAACCCUCCCAAGAUUGCGCAAGAGUUCAUGGAACGAGUUCAAUGUCGGCUCGUCAUCCCUGUGAAUGGCACAGCAAUCAAGAUGUUUACGAGUCUGAAGGAAUUGGUAGAAGCCUUGCUUGAUGCAGUGAAAGAAUACGAAUGGGCAUAUUAUCAGAAGGGCAUUUGCCAUCGCGACAUCAGUAUCGGCAACAUCGUUAUGGAAAUCCUCGAGCGCAAAGGAAGCCUGAUUGACUUUGAUCAUGCGAAGGAUCUUGGCCCCAACUACACACCAAGGAGGGUCUCGUCGCUGCGGGAGGAGCUGCGCGAUCAUUUGGCUGAAUUCCGCAAAAUCUGCCCUCAGUCGGAGGCUUCAGACAACCUGGCGCUUCUUAUCCUUCAUCACGUCCGGGGUUCCUCGCCUCACAGGGAUGCAUUGGCUGCGACCAGCCGUCUCUGGGACUACCUCGACGCUAGUGGCGCAUCGGCCAUAAGGCCUCUCGAAAUAUCGGACAUGCUUCCAGGGCUGGAGAACGACCCUGUCCUCCCUCCAGAUUUUUCUGAACGCACGGCAAUACAUGCCGUGGCGACUGGCACUGUCGCGUUCAUGAGCCAUAAAUUGCUUCGCGAUGACGACGAAACCCACAGCAGCAAUACACGACAUGGAGUCGUUAUUUUGGGUUGUGGUCUUCCUCUGCCUGACCCGUGA